AUGUACAAAAGAUUCGAUGGUUCCGAAAAUGAGACUCUAACGCUGUUAGAUGAUUUCGGUCUUUCUGUGGAAUCACCUGUUUCAACUGUGCUCCCGUUGUUCAUCAAUUUGCUUGAAUGGGCACUAGUACUUUUUCCAUUUCUUCCGAUCCUACGCAAUGGUUGCCCAGUGGUUUCUCCUUUUGCGAAGGACACUAAGAGCAUCAAAUCUUCACUUGAAGGACUUUGUAGAGAGGUCAUACAGUCGCUCACGGCUCUGAGUCUGGGACUGAAAACACUUGGCCCCGUGCACCAACAAAGUCACCUAUUCAACACCACCGUUUCGAAUUCUUAA